GCGUCAUACGUUAACACUGAGACGUUUUUUAAAGUGAAGUUACAGCUCUGCCACUGGUCUCAUACUCUGAAGAGUCAAGCUGUACGAUUUACUUGUGAUUGGGUUUACCCGAGGGUCGUUUUUCUCUCUCGGUUUUCUCCAGAGAGAUUGGUUGGCUCCUGUAUAAAUAUUUGGUGCGAAGCUACGACCGCAUCAGUGCAGCUUGAAACUUCAGCGGAGUUUAAUAGCACCCAGGGAUCAAAGAAGCUCAUGGCGUUAUCGGUAUACCCGUGUUGGAUGCUGGUGCUAGGCGCCUGCCUUGUGCUGCCGAUCAGUGCCGAAUGCGACAAGGACUGCGCGUACUGCAUAUACCACAUGCAGGGUCGUCAAACAGAGAUAGACACUAUUACAUGCACAUUAGAAUGUGAAGGAAAGCUGGUCCCUAAAAAGUCUUGGGAUCUCUGCAAAGACAUAUUGCAAAGGGAAAAGCCCAACAGUUCAACAGAGGAAGGCCAAGUUGCCACUGAGAGCGUGAAUCAGGAAAAUGAUGACCAUCAACUGGCAAAGAAGUAUGGAGGCUUCAUGAAACGUUACGGGGGUUUCAUGAAGAAAACCGCUGAACUGUAUGGCAUCGAACCAGAUGACGAAGACCACGGCAGAGAAAUUCUCAUGAAGAGAUAUGGUGGAUUCAUGAAGAAAGACGGGGAGCACGGAGUGGACACACUUACCCUUUUAAAUGAGAUCUUGAACGCGGAGGAUGCUAAGGCAGGCCGGGGAGAUCGGGAGGGAGAGAUCCUGAAAAGGUACGGGGGGUUUAUGCGAAGCGUUAGAAGAAGCUCGAGCCUGGAAGAUGGGAUCAAAGAGCUGCAGAAAAGGUAUGGUGGAUUCAUGAGAAGAGUGGGCCGGCCUGAGUGGAAGGAAGAUCAAAAAAGGUAUGGUGGGUUUCUACGGAGAUCCUGGGAGGAAGACGGUGAAAACAACUCCGAGAUCAUGCCAGAUGUGGAGAAGCGAUACGGGGGAUUUAUGGAUUAUUAGUUUCCAAAUGAAAAGACUCUUGUGAAUCAUCUUUUCAUGUUCUACUGUCUUUGCUUGCAAUGUACAGUUUUGUUUGUGUUUUUUUUUACUGUCUGAUCUAAAGAUGACCUGUACGUAUAAUUCUUCCUCUGCCAUUUGAUCUCCUCAUCUGUUUCAGUAAGUAUGUGGAGGUCUGUGUUAUUUCAGCAAGUGUCAUUUGGAUGUUCUCCACUCUGUACCAUGCAACUAUGAACCCUCGCUCUUGUCAGAGUCCGCAAAAUUGAAGAAAAUGUUUUUUCUUUCCCUGUCUCACUCUCUCACUCUCUCCGUUUCUCUCCGUCCCUUGCUCUUGUGCUCACUUCUUUAGUUUUAUUAAGAGUUUAUUUGAAUAAACCCAUUAUCAAAAUGGAGAAAACAUAUAGAGAACAGUCUCUGAAUAUAGACUAUUUCAUUGAAGACCAUUUGUUACUGUGGGAAAAGUUGACUUCAUCAUGCUUGCAAAUACACAUUCAAGUAAAUGAUUCUAUUCUUUUUACAACAAAAACAUGACAUGGUGCAAUUUGUCCUCCAUGAGCAGUUUGCUGGCCAGGAAAGGGUUUGAAAUAAGUUGCUUUUUUCUGAUUUGUGUAUGUUGUCAUUGAGGCUUUUACUCUAUUUUUCAAAUGUUCUAUAUUUUUUCAUUUGAAUCAAAGCUGUUUCUCUUAUUGCCUAGCUGUAUAUAUUACAAUAAAUUCA